UCCCCAUGCAGCUCAACAUGGUGGGAGGAUCUCUGCGUUGAGUCACGCAGCUGUCAAAGAUAGCUGUCACCCAGUUUCAGGAUCAAACACACACACACACAGAGUCAACGAGGAAAAACGGCUUUGAGAGCCGAAGGGACGGAGUGGUCUCAGGUAAACCCCCACCACCACCUCUACUUUCUUUUUUUUUAUACCACGAUUCACAACAGGGACCAAGAGAAGAGAGACCAGUAUAAAAUUUUUUUUUUUUUUUUAAAAAGAAACUUGAUGAAUAAGGAUUUUUUUCCCCUGGGAUACACACUGAACGGACGAAAAACAGAGGAAUUACUGGGCAUUUUACAAACGGAGAUGAAGACGAAAAAAGGUCUGACAAUGCUGUCGGGGAGCGAGACAGAUGACGAGGAUAGCGUUGACGCCCCCCUGGAUCUGUCCUCGAGCUCCGGGAGCAACGGGAAGAGGAAACGGAGAGGCAACCUGCCCAAAGAGUCGGUCCAGAUUCUUAGGGACUGGCUGUAUGAGCACCGUUACAACGCUUACCCAUCAGAGCAGGAGAAGGCCCUUCUCUCUAAGCAGACUCAGCUCUCCACGUUGCAGGUGUGUAACUGGUUUAUCAAUGCCCGGCGACGACUCCUCCCAGAGAUGCUGAGAAAAGACGGAAAAGACCCCAACCAGUUCACCAUCUCCAGGAAAGGGAGCAAGGCCGGCGACAGCUUCUCUGACAGCUCCCAGUCCCCGAAACACAACAGUCCUGUCGCAGGCGCAGAGGAGGCCUGUGACAAACGCGCCCUCCACCCUUCCAGCUUCGAUCCCAGCAUUCCCAGCGUCCUGAGGAAGCCUGUGUCCCACUCCAUGUCUUCUCCGGUCUCCUCGUCUCCCUCUCCUGGCCUCAUUCCAAACCGGCCCUCUGUCAUCUGUCACACCACUGUCACCACAGCCAUGCAGGCCAGCCCGACAGCCUCCCACCCUUCAGUGCCAGGAAUGAACUGCGACAGGGCGGCCGAGCUGUUGCAGUCCGUGCAGGCUCAAGCGAUGUUCCGGUGCCGGGAUGAGGGGCCGCUCUCUGCCACCACCACCAUUCUCAGCAGCACCAGCAUGGAGGGCAACCUCAGCCCCCGCAGCGGCCUGUUCAAUACCCCUCCCCCGACCCCUCCGGACCUCACACAGGACUUCAGCGGCUUCCAGCUCCUGGUGGACGUGGCCCUCAAACGGGCUGCGGAGAUGGAGCUGCAAGCCAAACAGCUGGUGUCCUAAAGGAGAAGAAACGGGGAGGGGUGGGGGUGG